CCCAUUUAUAGUAUUUCUUUCUGACAAAAAGUGUUGGAUCCAUUUGAAUUUUGUUGCACUUUACUUCGAAACAAAGGAAAUAACCCAUUUUUCGCAACUGGACUGCAGAGUUCGUUGCCGCCAUAGCCACUGCAGAGUUGAGCUUCAUCAUGGCUCUGUCCACAAGGCAAAGGCGACCUCUGCUGUCCGAUCCAUCGGCUUCAUCAUCAUCAUCUUCUCCGUCGUCUUCGUACUCCAAGGAUCGUAAGCCUGGGAAAUCGGAACUGAAAGAAGAAGUCGAUAAGGGGUUGAGUUGGGCUCUGCCCUUGUUCGCUCUCGGAAUGUUAAGGUACAUGAGCGCCACAUCGAACAUCAUACACGACUGUGAUGAGGUCUUUAACUAUUGGGAGCCUCUUCAUUACCUUCUCUACAAAUUUGGGUUUCAAACUUGGGAGUACAGUUCUCAGUUUGCUCUUCGGUCAUAUUUGUAUAUUCUCUUUCAUGAGUUGGUUGGCCGACCUGCUUCUUGGCUGUUUAGUGAGGAAAAGGUAAGGGUAUUCUAUGCUGUCAGAAUCUUUCUUGGUGUCGUCUCUGUUAUCACAGACACUGUUCUAGUGGUAGCCCUAUCAAGGAAGUAUGGAAAGCGUCUUGCUUCUUACACACUUGCGAUGCUGUGCUUAGCCAGUGGUUGUUUCUUUGCUAGCACUAGUUUCUUGCCUAGUUCAUUUUCUAUGUAUGCCAUCUCUCUGUCAUCGGGUUUGUUUCUUCUUGAUAAACCUGCCAAGGCAGUAGCAGUUGCAGCUAUUGGUGUUAUCCUAGGUUGGCCAUUCUCAAUUUUAGCUUUUCUACCAGUGACAGUCUUCUCUUUGACCAGAACAUUCAAACAAGUGUUUCUUGCUGGAGCUAUCACCUCUGUUGCACUUCUUGCGUUAUCACUUCUUGUUGACCACAUCUACUAUGGAAAAUGGACGUCUUCUGUGUUAAAUUUGAUGCUCUACAAUGUUGCCGGAGGUGGUGAAAGCCAUUUGUAUGGAACCGAAGGGCCACUUUAUUAUCUGAGAAAUGGAUUUAACAACUUUAACCUCUGCUUUGUUCUUGCAUUGCUGUUUUUGGUUGUAUUUCCCAUUGUAAAGAAGAAGUACACCCCUGACUUGCUAAUUGUGGUCUCUCCAUUAUAUAUCUGGUUGGCAUUCAUGUCUUUGCAGCCACACAAAGAAGAAAGGUUCCUUUAUCCUAUAUAUCCGCUUAUCUGUGUUGCUGCUUCAGCUGUCAUUGAGAGCUUUCCUGAUUUUUUCCGAGACAAAUAUGAUCCCAAUAGAAAUUCUAUACUGGUUAUGAUAGCCAAACUUCUUCGACCGGUGGUUCUUGGCCUCAUUUUAUGUGCCUCGCAUGCCCGCACAUUUUCUCUAAUUAAUGGCUAUUCUGCUCCACUGGAGAUUUACAAGCUUUUGGAGCACCAUGAAGAUGUUGGAACUGGUGCUGUACUUUGUGUUGGAAGUGAAUGGCAUCGGUUCCCGUCAUCAUUUUUUGUUCCUGAUUAUAUAGGAGAAGUUAGAUGGAUUAAUGAUGGCUUUAGAGGAUUACUUCCAUUCCCAUACAAUUCUACCCUUGGGGGAACUGCUGCAGCACCACCAUAUUUUAAUAAUAAGAACAAAGCAUCAGAUGAGCAAUAUCUCAAAAAUCUUGAUGCUUGUACUUUGCUCGUUGAGCUGCAUCUCAGUCGACCAUACCCUUAUCGGGGAAGUGACAUGUCAACAUGGGAGGUCAUUGGCGCAUUGCCUUACCUAGACAGGGAGCUCUCACCGCCUCUGCACCGAUCUUUUUUCAUCCCAUACCUUUGGCAGAACAAUAACAUUUUCGGAUUGUACAAACUGCUUAAAAGAGUAUCCAAAUCAGACUGAAAUAUUUAGCAAUAUUUAGUCUCUGGUUCUGACAUUAACCAGAUUUGAACAGCAUGACUUGACAGUAGUCUUCACCGAAAUAUAAUGUCUCCAUUGCGAUUUCACUCUUCAAAGAGUGAAAAUGGAAGAGAAGAGAAUGGCCCAGUUUGAAGUCAAGGAAGACUUUUUAUUCGGUGGGAUUAUGUUGAAUUAUUUUGUCAAUGUUGUAAUCGAGUAGCUUAAUUCAUUGACAUUUUGAAUUGUUUUUCCUGAUAUUUCCUUCUAACAUAAUUUCCUUGGUUAAAAAAGAUCUGAAAUUUGUACUUUUCAAGGACAUGUGAUGAUGAUUUUGAUCAGUCCAGCCUAGCAAUGUAAGCAUGGUUAGUCUGAAAAACCAUAAUUUUGAAGAAUUAGAUGUUUUUCACUCU